GAAAGUCCUGAUAGGCGUUCUUAUACUGAACAGGGUUAGUACUAAAGGAAUGAGAUAAACAGUAAGGAAACUUGUGGGAUUUUGAGGAUUAGGAUUAAGAAGUGGAAGAGCAGAUAAAAACGUACAAUUUAAAAAUAACUAUAAUAGCAAAACUAUAGGUUAGAGAGGCAUUUUUAUUAAUCUAUUUGUUUUUACGGAACAAAUAACUGGAAAAUAAUUUUCCAAACAGCAAUUAUUAAAGGUACAAUAUGGUAGGUUUCCAGUCGUCAUGCGUGUACAUUUGGCUUGUUUUGUUUAGUGUAAAGACAAAUGGUGAAGACGUUGAUGUGUUAGUUCUUCUGCCAAAAGAUAAUUCUUAUUUAUUUUCUAUUUCCAUGGUUAGGCCAGCUAUAGAGUAUGCCAAGAAGAUGAUUAAACUGGAUACAGGGUUCUAUUCAGGGCUAAACUUCAGCGUCCAGUAUGAGAACUCAGGCUGUGGCAGUAAUGCCCUCUUCAGUCUGGUGGACAGGGCAUUUAAAAAGAAACCAGAUUUGAUUCUGGGUCCCGUCUGUGAAUAUGCGGCAGCGGAUGUGGUGAAAAUGGCAUCUCACUGGAAUAUCCCGGUGAUUUCAGCAGGUGCCUUAGCAGUUGGCUUUAAGCGCAAGGAGGGAGACUAUUCACACUUGACCAGAAUCGCUCCUUCUUACCUGAAAAUGGCGGAAAUAUUCUCUGCCAUGUUCCAUCGCUUCAGAUGGCAGAAUGUGCUUUUGAUAUUUGACGACGAUAAGGAGGAACGCAACUGCUACUUCACCGCAGAAGCAGUCCACAGCGUACUCGAACCGGAGGAUCUGAGUAUGAGUGUGCAUGUCAUUAACUCCAAACAUUACAACGUGGAUUCCGACGAAAUCGUGAACCGCAUCUCUGAAAGAGAAGCAGUUGUUAUUAUGUGUGCUGGAAAUGAUAUCAUUCGGGACAUCAUGUUGGCAGCCUACCGGCAGAAACUGACAAAUGCCAAUUACAUCUACUUCAGCAUCGAGCUGUUCAACUCCUCGUCUUACGGGAAUGGUUCCUGGGAGAGAGGAGACAGAUAUGAUUCUGAAGCCAAGCAAGCCUUCACGUCCCUCAACACAGUGACACUGCUGCGGACUGUCAAGCCGGAAUUUGAAAGCUUCUCAAUAGAAAUGAUGAGAUCUGUCAACAGUGCAGGUGUUCUGGAUCAAUACAAUAGAGACAAUAUGAAUGUGUUUACGGAGGGAUUCCAUGAUGCCUUACAUCUCUACGCUCUGGCCCUUCAUGACAUUAUGAAGAAUGGCUCAGACAAAAAGGAUGGAAAACAAAUUACACAAAACAUGUGGAACCGAACUUUUGAAGGCAUUGCAGGACAGGUCUCCAUAGAUUCCAACGGCGAUAGAAACGGGGAUUUCUCAGUGAUGGCCAUGAUGGACCCUGAGGACGGCACCUACAAGGCUCUUUUGAACUAUUUUGGUGCCAAUGGGAGUUUGCAGACGCUGCCUGGAUUCAGCAGCAAUCGAUUUACCUUGACAGAAAGAUAUGAAACUCCAAACCCAGACAAAUCAUCAGGUGGACUAGAGGUAUCUACUGUGACGUGCAUCAGUGUUGGAGCAGUAAUAAGCACCUUAUUGGUUAUGGCUGUCUAUUUUUUCAGAAAGAAAUGCAAGAUAAUUAUUGAAAGGCAAUGCCAAGAAGAACACCGCCUGGGGAAGCAUCAUCAUCUGAGAGAGGACACAAUAGCCUUUUCUAUGGCAUAGAAGCCACUUGACCAUAUGGACCACAGAGGACAUUUGCUCAUAGAUGCCAAGCACAUUGAAUGAGUUUUCAGUUGUUUGGUAUGUAAAUUAUGUAAAUAUGUCAUAAAAAUCUUAAUGAGCUCAGGAAAAAUACUAUUUGCAUUUUGACAGCUUCAACACGAUUGGGGUCAGAUUUAUUCAAGUUGUGAUAAAACCAUUGUGAUUAAAGGCAGGGUAUACAAUCUUAAUGCGAUAAACUUUUCAAAUUCAACAAAUUUCUCCUCACAGUCCACAAGCUGUCCAUUCUGUGUGUGCGCUGAAAAGAAAAACGGCUUUUCUAGGCAGCCCCUGCUCUGUAGAUGGGAGAAAUAGAAAGUACAGACCGAGCUACAUGGCACUGUUCCAGCAACAGGGGGCGCUGAUGCACAGGAAGGGGUGGGGAGACGGGGAAGUGGAAAGAAGGGAGAGUUGAUUUGGAGGCUUGAAGCAAGGGGGGUGGGAUUAUGUUGUGUGACUCUUUCAAACUUUUAAAACUUUGUUCUUUCUGUCAUAUGCUGUUAUAAUAUUUUAAUAAAAAUCUCUACAUAUUUUCAUAUUCAACAUUUACUAUAUAGGGAGAAACAAAAGAAAACAUUGUUUCAGCUCCGCAGUUGUGUGAAUUAUGUUUGAUCCUUUAGCAUUUAAAUCUUUGAAAUGUUCUUUUUUUAAUAAGUUUUUUUUGUGUAAUGAUUUAAUUUCCUUUUAACAUUUAAUCAUUGAAUGGAAAUUGACUAAUUUUAGGUAAGUGUCGGAUGGUAUUUUGAAGAUUAUACAUAUUAUUUCUGUAAUGUCUAGAGGCACAAAUAUUUUUACUGGAUGUCCGUUAUGUGGAAGUGAAUAAAUUAUGAGUAAAAAUUACAACAGUCAUUAAAACUUUAUUGUGAAAGA